GUAGAUUUGGCGGAACUUGGAGAUGCUGUUUGCGUCACAAGCAAGUUUAGCAGAAGACGUAUGAUACAUUAGAUGAGACAGUCUUAAGGAGCUGGGUCGGAGACAAGACCGAUAGAAAUGGAGGAGGAUAUUAGAAAGAAGGGGAUGCUGUAUUUACAACAGCAGCGCUUUGGGAAGAAAUGGCGUAAGGUCUGGUCUGUCCUGUACCGAGAGAGCUCCUGCUCCAUCUCUCGCCUUGAGUUUUUUGAGUUUAAAGAUGGAGCUGGCAACAUGCUGGAGAAAGCCAACCGCAAACAGGAAAACAAAAAGGUGAUAAAAAUGAAUGACUGCAUUCGUGUUUCGGAGGCUGAUGUUGAAGGCUGUCCACGGGAUUGUGGACCUUUUUUGGUGGAGACAAUUGAGAAGACAUUUAUUUUCGCUGCUGAGACUGCUGAACUUGAGGACUGGAUACAGAAUCUGUGUGAAAUCGCCUUUCCGAUGAGCUGGACAGAGAGAGGAGCAGUGAGAGGAAACAGUUUACAUGCUGAAUCUGAUGACGUCACGAUGGCGGACAACACUCUCUACUGCAGCAGAGAAACUGCAAUGAAAGACUUUAAGGUGACGGUGAGGCGUACAGAGGCUUCUGAGAGAUGCAGCCUGAAAGGAACAGUGCUGUUACGGACUGAUUUUGAUAGCCUCCUUCUGAAGGAACCGAAGACGGGAGAGGUUCUCUACUCCUGGCCCUAUCGCUUCCUCCGCAGGUUCGGACGAGACAAGGCAACAUUCUCCUUUGAGGCUGGGCGAAGAUGCGACUCGGGGGAAGGCAACUUUGAGUUCGACACAAAGCAAGGAAACAGCAUCUUCCAAUCUGUAGAGGCCGCCAUCAAUCUACACAAAGUCAAUUUACCUCAGAAGCAGAUAUCAAGUGGGGAGCGAGAUACCAUGCCCCCUUCACCUCAAAUGAGAGCUGUGGCAGAGAAUGCAGGUAUCUACAGUGUGGUGACUGACGGAGCAAUCAGAGACGGACCCAAACAACCACAGAAUCCUCAGCAAACCAGACUUGAAGCCCCUGCAGAGAAACUUCUGACCGGAGUCAAGAGUCUGACCCUGGACACCAGGCCUCCACCGCGAAAGAGCCAGGUCAAGAACUUCCGCAGCUGUCCUUUGGUCAACAGUGAGGAUGAGAUGUAUUCCCGGGCCAUGGCCCCUGAUCCAGAUCGGGGAAGUCCAGGGGAGAAGAGAGAACCAAAAGAACGACGUGCCACAUGCUCCAACCCUGAGGACUCUGACUACUCACUGCCCUUUGACACCAUUGCCAAGAAUGUUAUGGGAGACAUUUUGUCUGCAUCAAACCCUCCACCCAUGUUCGUAGAACCCAGUUGUGAAAAUGACAAGAAAGGCAAUAUAGAAAACACAGAACCACUUUAUGACAUUAUAGAUGAAACUGCAAUCAGAACCCGUUACUCAAACAGAAAAACAUAUUCUUACAAACGAGUGGAGCACAUUUAUGAUGAACCAGAGGGUUGUGGUGUGGCCCCAAGUGUGCCUCCAUCGCUCUAUGAUGAACCGGAGGAGGUCAAAGGUCAUGCUUGGAAGAUGUUGGGUACAGUAAUGGAUCCGAGCGGUCAUGAGUACCCAUACAAUGCUUCUGCCGACGACUAUGCUGUUCCUAAACCUCCCAGGAGGGCCUUGCUUUCAAAGGAGAAGGACAACGAGGAAGAGGACAGUUCACCCUAUGAUAACAUUAUGGUGAAAGGAGUGCAAAAGAAUAACUAAGGACUGCUUCAGAAUCUAAAGAGGACAAUAAAGUUAAAUAUAAGUGAGUGUGCGAAUGAAUGAAUUAAAUAUUUAAUCAAUUAAUAUGCAUAAUAUGGAUAAUAGUCAUCAGAGUGCUUUACUGUUCUUCAAAAAGCUGUGAUCUGCAACACGUAUCAUGAUGUUGGUCAAUAUGAUUAACAGUUCAAUUCCUCUGGGGAUGAAUCACUGUAGCCUAACUUUAACCAAAUGCGCUAAAAUUGCACUGUAAUACGAAUGUUUAAAUUGUCAUUAUUUGAAUCACAAACACACUUUUUAUGUAAAUGAGGCUUGUUUUAGAACAUGCAUCAUUGUUUGUAGUGUUAUUAACAUUGCGCUAUAUUAAUCAUGUGAACGUUUAUUCUUCAAAUGAUGGUAAAGUGUGAAAUUAUAGCUGUUUAUUCAAACGAGCACAAUUUUGGCUGUUUAAGUGCACCCAUAAUCCAUAAUCAUCUAAAUGCACUAAAAUAGCCAUAUGCAGUGAAUAUUCUUUGUGCAAACACUCCUCUUUUUGUGUAAAUUAGGCUAAUUAUAUACAACAGCUUUUUCACAACAUGCAUUGCUAUUUUCCAGCGCAAUUAACAUUGCAUUAUAUUGAUCAGGUGAACAUUUAUUUGUAAAAACUUUAUUUAUAUAGAGCACACUUUUGGAUUUUUAAAGAACGCCUGUAAUCCAGUUGAACCAGUAAAAACUAAACUAAACUAAACUAAACCAAUAAUUAAAUAUGUAAAAGUAGCGAUGCGCAGUGAAUGUUAUGUUUUAAAGUGCCUCAUUUUAUUGCCUCUUUUUAUGUAAAUUAGGCUCAUUAUAGACUGCACCUUCUUCACAACUUGCAUCGCUAUUUGCCAUUGCGAUUAUCGUUGCGUUAUAUUUAUCAUGAAUAUUUAUUCAUAAAGUGUUAUUUAUUUAGAUGAGCCCACUCUUGGCAAACGUCAAGCUAAAUGCGCUAAAGUAGCGAUGCUAAACAGUUGUCACUUUUGUCAAAAACACAACCACCCACAAACCAAUUUAUUUAAUAUAAUAAGACCGUCUUGUGACUGUUUAAAUCUUUUUAUGUAAAUUAGGCUCAUGAUAGAUUGCACCUUAUUCACAACACGCAAAGCUAUUUGUCGGAGCAUUUAACAUUGUGCUGUAUUGACCGAGAACAUAUAUUUAUCAAAAGUUGGUAAAAUGUGAAAUAACUGGGCAUUUAUUCACACUUUUAGUUUUUUAAUGAGCACCCACAAUUUAGUUAAACCAGUAGCUAAAUGCAGUAGCGAUGCGCAGAAUAUUAUUUAUGUGAUGUG